AUGCUGCGCAUCAGACAGCAGUGUAGUUCGCAUUCGUCCAUCGGCAGAGCAUCGUCUGCAAAGUGCCCCCAAAAAAUAUCAAAGAAGCAGCUGGUGCCCAACAAAAACGUUCGGUUAAUUUGCAUUCGAAGUGCAUCGAGCUCAUCCCCUGGAGAAGCAGCAGCAGCAGCAGCAGCCAUGCGAGUGCAGCUUUUCGGUGUCAUCGCCGUGGCCGUGGUGGCCGUUUCGCUGGUCCGCGAUGUGGCAGCGGCCAAGCGAGAGGCGCCGCUGAGCAACGCCUAUCUGCCGCCCAGUUCGCCCCAGCGUCCCUCGUCCAAGUAUGGUGCUCCACCGGUCAGCUCCUACCUGCCACCCGCCUCUGGUCCGGCGCCUUCGUUCAACUCCGUUCCGUCCAGCAGCUAUGCAGCUCCCUCGCUGAGCUCUUCUUCGGGUGGCCCAUAUGCGGCGCCCGCUCCCCGCCCAUCCAGCUCUUACGGACCGCCCGCCUCCCGUCCCUCGUCCAGCUACGGUCCUCCAGCCAGUCGCCCGAGCCAUUCGUACGGACCACCGCCGCAGGCCAAGAAGUCCCACCAUCGUCGCCCAUCCUCCAGCUAUGGAGCGCCCAGACCUGCUCCGCCCUCGCCGAGCUAUGGUGCCCCGCCCUCCUCUAGCUAUGGGCCACCGAAGUCAUCGCCGCCUUCCCAGAGUUAUGGUGCUCCAGCGCCACCAUCCAACAAGUAUGGACCACCCAAGUCGGCGCCUUCUUCGAGCUACGGAGCCCCGAGACCCGCACCACCAUCAUCCUCGUAUGGCGUUCCUGCUCCCCCAUCAUCCUCUUAUGGCGCUCCUGCCCCACCAUCAUCCUCUUAUGGCGCUCCUGCCCCACCAUCAUCGUCCUAUGGCGCUCCUGCUCCACCAUCUUCAUCAUAUGGAGCCCCAGCACCACCCUCGAAGUCCUAUGGAGCCCCCGCACCACCAUCUUCAUCUUAUGGAGCACCCGCGGUCCCUUCAAAGUCCUAUGGAGCACCCGCACCACCAUCAUCAUCUUAUGGAGCACCUGCUGCUGCGCCCUCCUCCUCCUACGGACCACCCAAGUCCGCACCGCCCGCACCCCCCUCCUCCAGCUAUGGAGCUCCGCCGCAGGCCCCCACCAGCUCCUAUCUGCCACCCGCCUCGCGUCCCUCGAAGCCAUCGUCCAGCUACGGAGCGCCCAGUGUGAGCAGCUUUGUGCCCCUGGCCUCGGCCCCGUCGACCAACUACGGAGCACCGUCGAAGACCCAGAGCCUGGGCAGCAGUGGCUACACAUCCGGACCUUCCUCGUCCUACGAUGCACCCGUGGCCCCACCAUCUUCAUCUUACGGAGCUCCCUCCUCCUCCUCCUUCCAGCCGAUUUCACCGCCCUCGUCCAGCUACGGAGCUCCCAGCAGCGGAUCGGGAGCAAGCAGCGGAAGCUUCUCGUCGGCUCCUUCAUCACUGUACAGUGCCCCAGGCAAGGGCUCCAGUGGCGGAUCCUUCCACUCGGCUCCAUCCAGCUCCUACUCGGCCCCAAGUUCCAGCGCCAACAGCGGUGGCUCAUACCCCUCGGCUCCGUCAUCAUCCUACUCGGCUCCCAGUUCGAGCUCUAACAGUGGCGGACCCUAUGCCUCUGCCCCGUCGUCCUCCUACUCGGCGCCCAGCCCAGGAUCCAACAGUGGUGGACCCUAUCCGGCUGCUCCUUCGUCCUCCUACUCCGCUCCCAGUGCCUCUGCUAACAGUGGAGGUUCUUAUCCUUCGGCUCCUUCCUCAUCUUACUCGGCGCCCAGCUCAGGAUCCAACAGUGGUGGACCUUACCCAGCUGCUCCUUCAUCUUCGUACUCUGCACCAAGUUCUGGAGCCAACAGUGGUGGACCUUACCCUGCUGCUCCUUCAUCAUCUUACUCGGCACCCAGCUCCGGAUCCAACUCUGGUGGACCCUAUCCUGCGUCUCCUUCAUCUUCGUACUCUGCACCCAGCUCCGGAUCCAACAGUGGUGGACCCUAUCCUGCAUCCCCUUCAUCUUCGUACUCUGCACCCAGUUCCAGUUCGAACAGUGGAGGACCUUAUGCCUCGGCUCCCUCUUCCUCGUACUCGGCACCCAGCACAAGCAGUGGAGGACCCUACCCAUCGGCUCCCUCGUCUUCCUACUCCGCUCCCAGCCAGAGUGGCAACAGUGGAGGACCCUACCCGGCAGCUCCGUCCAACUCCUACUCGGCACCUGCCGCUCCCCCAUCGUCAUCAUAUGGAACUCCUGUCUCAGGACCUUCGCCCUCGUACAGUGCCCCCUCCUCUUCCUACGGAGCUCCCUCAACCGGAUCUGGAUCUAGUUCUGGCUCAUUCUCGUCCAGCCAUCAUCAGUCAUCGUCGUCCUCCUUCAGCGCGUCCUCCUCGGGCAGCAGUGGCUACCCCUCGGCUCCGUCCAGCUCCUAUGGAGCUCCGUCGUCCGGAUCCGGUCUGAACUUGCCCAGCGGUCCCUCCUCCAGCUACAGUGCCCCGCCAGCCGGCGGAUCCUCCAGCUCUGGCCCCUAUCCCAGUGCCCCGGCCCAGGAUUCCGGCUAUGAGUACAAUGCACCCAGCCAGGUGCCCGAAACCAUUCAACAGGGAUACAGUGCUGAUGGCGGCUACACUUACCGCAAGAAGUGAGAAGUGAGCAGUCACAACUACUGCAUCGCGUAUACGCCACGUGCCUUCGAAUACUCAAUACCCACACCCACACCCACAUCAUGUCAUCGCCGCCACCAUUCACUCGCAAUUGUAAAUUAUUCCCCAAGUGACAACCAAUUCGCCCAUUCCUCUUUCUCUCCCAUGGAAAUCUAGCCGUAAUUCAUUGUACCAUUAGAUGUAAAACACGAAACGUUUGUUAAAUAAACAACUUGAUGAAGAUCA